AUGCUGAAUCCGAUAAUUCGUGAUGAUAGUAUUAGACCAAGGUAUUUCCUUAGUGCAGAUAAUGAGGAUGAAAUAGAAGCCAUACUCUCAGAUCGUGAAGAUCAUUCCUUACACGAAUUUAUUGAUGGUGAUGAGCUACUUCGUUCUGUUAUUGAUUUUGAUUUGCUUGUAGAAACAUUAAAUACUAUAAUCCCUAAGCUUUCAGACAAACAGGCGAAAAAUUUAUUUUGUUGCGCUUUUAGGGAUAUUUGUCUAGAA